AUGCUUCUACUUUCUGAUCCAUGUCGUGUCAUAGCUCAAUCAACAACACCAUCACCCAGUUUAGCCUUGGCAACAUGCAAUUCAACUCUUUGUAAAUCAUCAUCUUUGCCGUGUUCUUCGAAUCUCGAUUGUGAAUGCUUUUCAUUGACCAAUACUGUUAAUAAAACUACCUCAGGCAUUUGUGCUGUCGCUAGUCUUUCCUGCACUUCAAUGGUACGAUGUAAUUCAGACAAUGUUACAUGUUCGAUCGCACAAACAAUAUGUGUUAACAGUACACGAUGUCAACAACCUGUUUGCUAUCCAAUGCCAUUGGCUAACAUUCAAAUAUGUCCUCCCUCAGCUCGUCCUACUAGUACAACAACAACGUUUAGAAGUAAGGAGUUCGGACAUUGUCUUGAGAAAAUCUACAUGUUCUAUUCUGUUUGA